UAAUAAAAAUGUGCAGUUUUCUCAAACCAGGCGGUGGCGAUGUGUCACGGUCAGAUUUACACGGAGAGAGGAAGAAGAGGAGUUUCCGGCGGAAGUAGAAUGACUCCUCUUCUCUCUCAGAGCUGUUAGUUUGUUGUGCAUGCUGAAGUGAGUCUGUGGCUGCUGCAGCUGAAGAUCAGAGGCUGAAGAAAAGACUCUUGUCGGUGAAUCAUGUGUAAAAUGCAGGUGGUGAGGACGCUGGUCGCAGAGAGACUGGCUGCAGCUGCGGAGGAGAUAUUUACUGUUGUGGAGAGGAAGAUGCUGCACACGUCAGAAAUGUUACCUGAGCAGUUGAGGACAGUUGUACAGAAGCGACUGUCAGCUGUUGCUGAUGAGAUCUGUAGGAUCCUGGAGAUAAUGUUAGGUGAACAUGAAGCAGAGGACAUCGAGCAGCAAUGCCAGCUGCUGGACAUCACGACAGACAGACUGCCACUCUCUGGGUUGGACAUACCCCCUGAUCAGCAGAAACAUGAGCAAAGCAGGAGCCCCAGCCAAGUCCAAAAAACAUCAGGUCUGCCACAGUUUAAAGACACUUCCACAGAGACAGACUCAGAGUUUAUCCACGGUAAACCCUCACAUCGUCAGGGCACCUCAACUACGAUGGUCACAGAGACUCAUGCAGAGCGCUGUGGGCUACCAUUUGUUGACCAGGAGGGUCUGUUAUCAAAAAAUUCAGAAGCUGGGAGUGAAGAUAAUGACAGUGAUAGAGAACUAAGUGAGAAAUGGCUUAGAUCAACCAAAAGAAGAACAUUUCACAGACUGAGACAGAGUCAAGGUGAAAACUGUUGCAAAAUGUGCGGGAGGUCUUUCCAUGAAGGUGCUGGUGGGAAGCAACUGAAAAAACACACAAGGAAAAUUGCUGCAAGAGACAAGAGCCAAACUACAGGACAGAGCUGUUGCAGAGUGUGUGGGAAGUUUUUCCAGUACAAACGCUCUUUUCUGAAACACGUACUCAAGCAUGAGCACAGCACAGAUCUGUGUGGAGUCUGCGGAAAACAUCUGGACUCUGAGGAGAGCCUGAAGAGGCAUUUACAAACACACAACGAAGAAAACAGCUGCAGGGAUCAAACAGACAGAUCUGACAGACAGUCAGAGGGAGAGUGCUCUAAUGCUGAGAGUAAAAUGGGUGACAGUGAUGAGGAGUGGAGGGAAAGUGACAGAACUGACAGUGACGAUGGAGACAGUGAUAAAGAUGAGACCAAAGAGGGACCUUGUAUGCGAAAGAUUAAAACAAAAAUACAAACAUCAAACAAACCUAAGAGACCUAAGAACAAAGACUGUAAAGAUUUAUCUCACAUGAAAUACAACUGUAAAGUGUGUGGCAGGAAUUUCUGCUACAGAGCUUCUUUUUUGAAGCAUGUGCAGGAAGACGAGAGGGAUACAGAGGUUUGUGGCGUCUGUGGGAAACAUUUUGAGACUGAGGAGAGCUUGAGGCUUCACUUGCAAACUUACAUCAGAACAAAUGACUGUGAAGUCUGUGGCAAACGUUUUGACGGACACAAACAACUGGAGAUGCACAUGAGAACCCACACAGGAGAGAAACCGUACAUCUGCAGCGUCUGUGGCAAGGCCUUUGCUCAAAACGGAAAUCUGAUGGGACACAUGAGGGUUCACACAGGGGAGAAGCCGUAUGUUUGCAGCGUGUGUGGUCAGAGCUUCAGCUUUAAAGAGUACAUGAUGGCUCACAUGAGGAUCCACACCGGGGAGAAGCCGUUUCUCUGCAGCGUCUGCGGGAAAGGAUUCAGACAGAGGGGGACCCUGAAGACGCACAUGAUGAUCCACACAGGAGAGUCCACACACCGAUGCAGCAUCUGUGACAAGAAGUUCUACAAGAGCGGGGCGCUGAAGAUCCACAUGAGGUCCCACACGGGAGAGAAACCGUAUCUGUGUAACGUCUGCGGGAAAAGCUUCACCGCGGGCAGCUCACUCAGCAAACACAUGAGCGUCCACGAGGGGGAGCGCAUGCACUGCUGCAGCGUCUGCGGCAAAGGAUUCCUGAGGAAAGAGGAUCUGAAAAAACACAGUCAGACUCACAGGGAUGAAUCCACUCAGCUGACAAGUCUAUAAUGCUGAACUGGUGCUGCUCCUGUUUAAAAAAAGAAUAGAACAUACUUAUUUGCUUUAUUUCUGAAACAGACAGAAAAUUGAUCAGCAACUAUUGAUAGUUGUUUUUUGUUGUGUUUUGGACUGCUGAUCUUACAAAACAAGACUUUUAAAGAUACUAAGCUUUAAGAAAUAUGCAUUUUCUACUAUCUUCUGAUAUAAAUUAUGGUGUACUUAUUGUUUUGUUUUUUUUAAUAUAGCUAUUACACUAUCAAUCUUGAUUUUUUUGUGAUGGUUGAUUAUUCUCUUCACAUUUCAUCCAAUUAAUCAAAAGUCUUUGUUACAUGUUUUCAUGAUUUGAGGCUGGAAUUUUCUUGACUUCAGUGCAUUUAAGCGUAUCAUCGUUUUCUGUUGCAUUUAAUAACCUAUAUACUGUUUAUCAUAUCAAAUAUUACGGGUGAAAAAACUAAUCUAAAGUAACAUAUGCACGUGUCUUUGAUCAUUUAUUAAAAUUAUUAUAUUGACCAAUUGUCUUUGAGGAAGAGAUGUUACACUAAAAUAUUUGUUUUAAGGCAAUGUUUUUUCUUCUCUUCCUUGACUUAUAAAAAGAGAAAUAUUAAAAAAAAACAAGUUUGUAUAAUGUCACAGUUCAAAGUUUAGAUAUAGUUUCACUGCUUUUAUUAUACUUUUAUUUUCCAUGAAAUGGUGCUAUAAUAAAUUGUUUGAAAUCAUAGAUAAGUGCA